UAUAGACGCUGCUAUUUAACAAGCUAACGUUGAUUGGGGCCACAAAUAGGUUUUUGCAGCAUCAAGGAUCUACUACUUGGAUAUUGUUCUCCCAAACAUUGGUAUUUCUCGGUUCGCGACGGCAGAAAAAAUGAAUCUACGUGUUUUCUGUGUUUUGAUUAUGGUCUACAUUUUGAGCGCCGUCAUUCACGGGGAGACGUCCUCUCCAGAAUAUAUUUCGCAGAUGCAACUCUUGUAUCGCACCAACUUACAAAUAGAAUAUGUAGAGAGGGCAAUGAGACGUCAUUGUCCGGCACUGAUAGUAGAGCUGGGUUCUCUGGGAGUGUCACUUAGCCUCCUUAGGAAAAGAAGAACAGCAAUGGACCUGGACCAAGUCAGAUUGAAUGUGGAAUUGGCCAAGCACGUGCUGUCAACGCUUAAACUGAAGUAUCUGUCCCCGGGGUGUCAGAAUUCAAGUUGUUUGAAUUCAAGUUGUCAAAACGGGGGUUCAUGCAUUAAAGGUCCAGGUGAUAACGUUUCAUGCGCAUGCCCGACGGGAUAUACUGGCGAGAAGUGUGAGAUAAGGGCAGCCCCCGUGGCAUGUACAUCAACCUGGUUAUCAACUUGUAAAGACACGUACGGAACUGGCCGCUGUUCUUUCAUCUGUCCGAUCGGCUGCAUUAAUUCAGGCACCGUAUGGGGGACGGGGAGUUAUACAGGGGACUCCAGAUUGUGCCGAGCUGCCAUUCACGACGGCCGCAUACCAGCAGCGGGUGGAGUGGCCACAGUGAUAGGUCUAGGACCGUUACAGUCCUUCAGAGGAACAACACAGAACGGGGUGACGACAGCCAGCUACGGUAGCUAUGGAACUUCCUUCCGUUUCGUCUAAA